GGGAACCAUUUGCAAUUUUAACGAGUUUUCAGUUUUAUAGUUUUAAAAAUUAAUUAUACCAAUAAGUUUGGUAACUGUUGUGUGUUUUUAAAUAGUAGUGGAAUUGGUAUUAGACUAUUCUUCCUGGUGUACAGAUCGUGUAGAGGAGAUAGGACAAUUAGAUUUUAAUAUUUUAACUUGUUUGGUGAUUUUGAAGAAUUUAAAUUUUAACGAUUUUAAUGAUAAUGACAAAUAGCAGGCAAUAGGUAAGAAGAGUGUGCGAUUGUUGUUAUCUUCAACCUGGCGGCGAAAUACGGGGGAGGAUUUUAUUUGGAGAGAAAUGUCAAUUUCUAGUGUAAAGGGGGACCAUCAGGUGGUUGGAUUAAAGGAAUAAGGUUUUAGGACACGUCUUAUCUAUGGAACAUAUGGAUAUAAAUUCAAUAAGCUCAAACAACAUACAUGUAGUUACUAUUACGGGGGGAUGUCAUUUACCAUCAGAACCUCCCACUGUUUGAGGCAAGGGAACUUAGGGAACCGACGAAGAAACCCAAGGAUUUGCAGUGUUAAUGCAAAAAAUAAGAAAAACGACUUGAAGAAACAACUGAACAUUUUAAAAUCCAGAAAAUCUGCUCGUCCUCAGCCCCCUACAUCUGUUAAAUGUAUAAGUAUUAAAAGAACUACAGAACUUCUAAACAGACGUGUUAUUCGGGAGAACUCUAAUAUUCCUGUAGCGAUUAAAAGAACUGAACAAAAGUCACAAUCUAGAAAACGAUCCGGACUAAAGUUAAUCCCCCUUUCAGGAAAGUGGGCAAGUUGUCGAGAUAAAAGAUUGUCUUGUUCUGUUCCAACAGUUUCGAUAAGUUCAGAGUGUAAGCGUAAAGCAGAAAUGAAGUUGAGAAAAAUUCAAUCAAAGAAGAAAAUCCCCAACGAUGAAGAAGAAGAGGAAGAAGAUAGCAAUUCCGACUUGGAGGAUGAGGAUGAAGACUCGUCCAUUGAAGAAUCCCCGCGUUCAUCUUCUGAUAUUGAAACGGAUUCUGAUGAGGAAGACACACUUGACCACCAUUCUAAAAAGAGUUAUCCCUUACGGAGAAAGUCACCUCAUCUAUUUGUUGAAAGACGGCAUACGCCUCCCGCAAGAACGGAAAGUCCAUCAGAUUCCUCGUCCGAAUCACUGCUAGAUAUUCCUCCCCCAACAACUCAUCAAAAAUGGACUUCAUCCCCACCUCCAAUUCUACCCAAGGAGAAAGAAAAAGAUAACAAACCUUCAUCAGCAUCAGCAGCAACCUCGCCAGGAAAAUCUCCAACGAAACGAGUAGAACAUAAAGCACAUUCUCUAAAGAGUAGUGAACCAGUUAGAGCUUUGCGGUCGUCCUUUUCGUCAUCCGAAGGGGUGGUCAUCAUCCAUGCGAAAGAUCUAUUGCAGCAAAAACAGCGUGCUUCACAAUCUAAUCAGAAUGCAAAGAAAACGGCACUACCCAGUAUAACUCCUACUAAACGUCUUCGAAGAUCACCAGAACGUGACAAGUCACGUCAGUCGAGUCAACCUUCCACGUCUACUAAUUCCAGCAAACCCUCAACUACGAUAAAUGAUAAACCUCCCACAUUAGAAAAAUCUUCUUACUCUUUGCGUCAUUUGGAACACAAGAGUACUUCACCAACAAAGAAAAAAACUUUGGAAGAAUCUACCCCCACAAAAACUCCAACAGUUGCUCCUGUCACCAACAAUGUCGUGGUAGUUGACACAAUUUUACCUCCAAAAAAGAAACCAGGAAGGCCCAGAAAAAUCCCGUUAGAUUCAAGUUUAAUCCAGGCAGCCACUCCUCCGGUGCAAUCUGCUGAUGUACCUCCUGCAAAACGAACUCGCCGAACUACAUCAAAUGAAUUAUUAGCUUCUCGGCAACAACAUGCUCCAGUUAUUCCACCACCUCAAACGAAAACAAAAACCUCCCCUGAUUCCGAACCAAAGAAAAGAUUUCGACGAAAAUUUCAAGACCCUGCAAAUCAACAACGACGUGACGCCAUCGCUUUGAGAGCUCGUCAGAGUAAAAUUAUGGCAAAAUCUCGUGUUUUGCAGUCGAAUAAGUACAGUUUUAAUGCAAGUUGGAGAAAACCUCUGACUGGUCCCACCGCCACCAAAUCUACAGAAUCAUCUUCUCCCGUUUUACCCGUAAUUAAUGAGGAUGAUGAUGCCGAUCAGUCAUCCUCUUCUGGGGAUGAUGAAAGUAAUGACACACCACCACCAGCUUUACCCACUUUAAAAAGUCAGCAGGACAUCACCGGGUUUUCCUCUAAGCGACAACCAACAAAGCACAGUCCUGUCGCAAAGUGUGAUAUUUGCAAUCUGACUUUCACCCGAAAGUUCAGCCUCACCAAACACCUCGCGACGCGACAACAUCAAAAAAUGCUGAGAAAAUGUGGCAUCAAGGAGACUCGAAAACUUAAAAAGAAUAAUGAAGAGAAGCAGCGUAACAAAGUUAAGAGACAGAAGCGACGAGAAAUUGUGGCUCCCACUUCCACUGCCAAAGACCCUCUCGUGCUGGAACGCUUUUUCGAUGACGAGAACGGAUUUGAUGGUGCAGUUGACAACGAAGAAGGAGAUGAAGAGGAUGAGGAAGUAAUUGAAGAAGUCAAAUCUAUCCCUCCUUGGUUAUCUGGUCGAGCUGAUGGUCCAAAUAAUUACGUUUGCGACGUCUGUGGUGACAUAUUCAUCAAAAAGUUUGACUUCUCUGCCCACUUGUGGAGUCAUCGGGAAGGGUCCGACCUCGUCUGUGUCGAUUGUGGAUUGAAAUUUGCAGAGAGCGACAAAUACAAUGAACAUAUUGAUCAAGCUCACAUUAUUGAUGUCAAGUUUUGCUGCCAAAUCUGUCCGUCUAAAUUCAACCGAGAGGAUUAUCUCGCCAAACAUAUGAAAUCCCACUCUCGGGACACAGACGAGAGGUUUAUUUGUUCUUUUGCUCUUUGCGAAAAAAAGUUUUCAGCCUAUGAAAAUCUGGCGAGACAUUUCGAUAUCAAACAUCUCCAGUUGGGGAGGCCAAAGGUAGAAAUAUUGGACAAUGACACGAACAACGAUAAGUAUUCGACGUUUCCGGCAAGUUUUUUGAAUGUUAAGAGACGCCUAGCCGCCCUUCAAUCUGAGUAUGCGGAAGGAAACUUUGACAAUAUUAAUAAUGACUCUGGCGAUGAUGAUGAGGAUGAUAAUGAAUAUGACGACGAAGAAGAGGAGGAGGAGGAGGAAGAAGAAGAAGAUAUUGACGAGGAUGAAGAGGACGAGGAAAAUGAACCAGAAGACGACGGAGCUAUUGUUCCACAAGAUGACGACGAAUGGACUGAGAUGACAGCUCAAAAGAAAAGAAAAAGUCGACAGAAACAAAUCCAAAAAUCAGAAAAUGACGAUGAGAUCUCCUUAAAUAACAGUAUACAAAAUUAUCUCCAGCGAAAUUGGAUCAAUGAUAACUCAAUCAUCGGAUGUGGUGUGAACCAGUCACGAUCCAGCCAUCUCAGAACACCCUUCAACUAUACCCCACUCUCUUGCAAAGAUUGUGGCCUAAGUUUUGAUAGUAGAAAACUCCUCGUCGAGCACGUCAACCAGACGGAGCGAUACAUGUGCCAAGUUUGUAAAAAGAAGUUCAAGUGGAGAUACUUGCUGAAUCGACACAUGACACGACACGCUAGGGGAAAGCAACAGGCAAAGACCAAGUUACUGGCGAAGAAAAAGUUUUCCAAACUGAAACAAAGUUUCCUGAAGCAUCGACAAAUGCAAUUGCAAACCACUAAACCUAAAUUAGCACCAAUAAAGCCAAUAACUCCCACACCGACUCUCCCAACAACAAUGCCAACUUCUACUGUAGGAAUACAAGUCACAAAAGAAUCUCUACCUCCUCCUCCUCUCCACGUUCCUGCUACAACAAUUUCUUCCUCAAAUAAACCAAUAGUAGUAGCAGCGACAGUAGCUCAUCAAAAGGUCACUAGUGUGGCCAAAGUGAAGAGCAUUUUUUCCGUUCCUGCUCCUGCUCCUCCUCAUCUCGUACCAAUCCUCCCUGCUCCUCGGCCAACAGUCAGUAAAGCAGCCCUGCCAUCAGUCACCCCUCUCUCAACAGUGGUCAAGGUCUCUACUGCUACUCUGCUUCCAAAACCACCAAGGAUGUCGUCCUCGAAUAGUUUAGCAUCGCCGCCAACCUCCACUAAGUCCACAAAAUCGGAUCCGCUUGGGUCAUCGGUGCCCGGGUCGGUGUGCGAUUUGGAAGAGCCCUCCACUUCGUCGUCCACCACUUCUGCAACUUCAACCAUCGUACGGAAAACCACAUUCGAACCGAAGGCUGGACAGGGUAACAAAUAUUAUAGUUGUGAACUCUGUCCAAAGUCUUUCACCGAUCGGAAUACACUUACAGUUCACACUUGGUUUCAUCAAAGCGAGUCCCUCUACAGUUGUCCAAACUGUGAGGCCAAAUGUGAGAGGAAGAGCGACUUUGAGCUUCAUUACAAAUGUCAUGAAUUAGACCAGCCCUUCUUUCUAUGCUAUGUUUGCUUCAAGCCUUUUCGAUGGAAGAAAGAUAUGAUUCGACACGUCAGAAAAAAGCAUCCGGACGAAGCCACAUAUCGAUGUCUUUAUUGCAAUGAACGAUUCAGAAUUAAUGACGAGCUAAAUGAUCAUAUUUCCGAGAGCCAUGCUAAACAUAGAUCCUUCCCUUGUGACUAUUGUGGGAAACGAUAUGCCCAAAAACGAUAUUUGCUAUUGCACAUUCGUACUCAACAUGGGAUUGAAUCCGGACUUGCAAUGGAGGUCAAUCCGGAGCACCUACUCAUGGAGGUGGAAAUGGACACCGAACCCGAACCUGAUGAAUCUAGUAGUAUUGAAUUGGAUUUAAAUAUUCCUAGUUUUUCUAUCGUGCAUCAUCAUAUUUAGUAAAUCAGGUAAAUGUGAUAAUCUAUAACUAACUCAGAAAUCUACUCAGCAUAAUUAAUUCUCGACGGCUUGUAACAAAAAAAUCUACAAUUAUUUUUAUGAGUCAAUGAUAAUUGCCCACCAACCCACCAAUAUUUUUAAUCGUUUUAGUUCAAUGUUAACGUCUCUGCAAAUUGAGAGAUUUCAACUGGAAUUUUUUUAAACGUGCUGUUAACAAGUUUUAUGUAUCGAUAUAUUUUUAACUGUCGUAACUUUUUAACAAUGUAUACUGUUAUAAUUAUUAUGAUCUAAAUGCAUUUUAAAAUCUAUCCUGUUCCAUAUGACUUUGUGCAAAAUAUAAGUAUAUACUUUCCAUGUACAUGUGAAAGAUUCAUAUCAGUAGAACAUUUCCUGUCUGUAUAAUAUUAUUACGAAUUUAUGACAUUCUGGUUGAAAUUACUAGAAUAUUUACGUGCAUGCAUAAUUCAAAUGACAAUUAUAGAAUUUGACAAAGGAGAUCAAUGUUCGUUUGAAUAAACUGUAAAACCAAAACAAUUCCACGUCGAUAUAAACUUCA